AUGAUGGAAGAGAAUUCGGAGCAAACACUGAAGAGGACCGAAUUUCAGCUGAAAAAUGAGGAUUUUCCAACGCUACAGAGUACAUUCAAAAGCAGGCGAAAAAAUAAGAAAAAGUCAGCUAAGAUUGUGAAUAAGCCAAAUGAAAUUGUAAACGAGUCAAGCGGGACUACGAGCGAGUCAAGUGAAAGUAUGAGUGAGCCAAGUGGAAUUAUAAGUGAGCCAAGUGGAAUUAUGAGUGGACCAAGUGGAAUUGUGAAUAAGCCAAGUGAAAUUGUGAAUAGGACAAGCGGAAUUAGGAUCCCAACAACAGAGAUUUCCUCUAUGCAGGUGGCUAAUCCAAAUGUUGGAUUUAUUCCUAGGCCUGGAUCGUAUUUCGUCGGAUGUUUGCAGCCUGGACCAGGAAUGAACAUACCGAUAUAUCCAGAUGGUACGGUGAAAAAUAUUCCAUCAACUAUGAUGACUGAUCAAUAUGGAAUGCUCGGAUUCUUGUCUGCCUAUCGAGGAAUGCAAGUUAACCCCGCACUUGCAACACUUGCUAUCGGCGAAGAUCCGAUAAAUAUGGGUUUAGGCAUGAAUAAUCAGCUUAUCGUACCGAAUCCAAGUGGACAUGGCAGACGCGAAAUUCAUCUAAAUUACGGAGGACCAUGGGCAGAGAAGCCAAAUUAUUCAUCGCAGGCAGAUGCUAGGGAAGGCCUUGAGCAUGAUGAUAUCAGCGUGUUAUUAUGCUUACAACCCGGCAAAGCGCAACUAACCCUGCAAUCGGACAGCUGUCCUUACUGUCAACAUGUCUGA